UCAAAGUUUUGUUGACCUAAGUUAUCAAAAAGUUAACUUUUUUGUGAAAACUUAUUUAUUGCUAUAAUUAUUUACAAAUUCAUAUUCGGAGGUUUUGUCUUGUUUACUUUUUUUUAUUAAAGUAAGAUGGGAAAAUCAACGCAAGUUGAUGGUGAUAAUAAUCCAACAUCAGCGGAAUCUGAUCCCGCUAAAUUAUUGGAGGCAGCCCUUCUCCAGAUGGAUGGAAUCAUAGCCGAAGCGGGCGGCACCGCUACGGGGGCGACGACGCCGAGCGGGCCGGGGCGAGCUGCGCGGGCGCGGGCGUUGGAGUUGGCACAGCAGCUCGCGUCCUCGCUGCAGCAUGCCAUACCACCGCCCCCCCGACCUGACUUCACCACCGCAAGCGCGAUACUACGCUGGCUGCAGCAGAACAACAACUCCGUAGCGCUGCUCACGGGUGCACACAUGGAAGCUACUAAUUGCAGCACUCCGCAGCCUUUGCCCGCCGAUGUGCACUCACCUACAAAUUACUUUUUACCGAUGCUCGAAAUUGCUCGCUGAUCACACGAGUACUGGUAAC